CUUGCUGAGGUUAUCAUUCAUGUACCUCUCCAGUGGACUGAGUUUCUGUUGAAUGAGAAGGACAUCUUGCACCAUGGAUGGAUUCUGCCUUCUCUUUCUGCUCAUUAUUCUCCUGAUGAGAUCUGGUGAUGUUGAAACCAACCCUGGACCAGACAGGAUUGUCAGUGAAGAGGAAUUUAUAAAGCUGUCCAAGCUAAUUGAACCUAGCUACUACAACAAGUUGGGCAUUAACCUGGACAUUCCCAUUGCAAAGCAUGAUCAAAUCAAGGAACGUAGCCUAAAUACCAGUGAUGCAUUGAUAUCAGUGUUCACGAGAUGGAGCGUCAAACAGCCUCCGGGCACAGACAUCAGGUCUCUUCUUGCAGAGGGAUUAGAAAGAAGUAACUUAGGGUCCCUCUCUGGUGAGCUACUCGCUGGCAGUCUAGUCCCGAAGAGGACAGGUGCACCUGUUACAAUGCCAGGAUCACAGACCCAACCACUUUCUCCUGACCUGAUCAAGAGAUGUGCAGAUGAUUUCAAAUUCAAGUACAGGACAACUCUCUGUAAGAUCAGAGCUGAUCCUCUCAACCCUGAUUCCGUUGAGCAAUUCCCAGACAUGUACACAAACCUUGUCCUGACAGAGGAAUACCGACAACGCAAGCGACCACUUGAGUACAGGUAUCUCUUUAAUCUUGAAGUCAAUGGGGAGUUCCCCAAGCGGAUCAUGGUUGAGGGAGAGGCUGGGACCGGAAAGACAACAUUCUGUGCAAAGAUUGCCUGGGACUGGAUAAAUGACAGUCCUGUUGUCCCAAAGUUUGUGUGGGUACUGGUUGUCCCUUUUCGUGAAGCCAAGCAAUACACGAUCGGUGAGAUUGCCAAGUCGUAUCUCUCCAAGAACAACCCAGCAACAGCCUACCAGAUCACUGAGUACAUCCAUGCAAAUCCAAAAGAUGUAUUCAUUGCGCUUGAUGGAUUAGAUGAGUUUGAUGGCAAGGUUGCACUGCAAAGGAAAUCUGGUUUAAAGUCAGAAUGUCACCAGCCAAAGUCAUCAAGCCAAGCAAGUGUCACUUUGCAGCCGAAAGUCAACAUUUCAGAGGCAAGUGGAAGUUCUUCAGAGAGAGGUGAAAUUGCACUAAGAGACAUUCUUUGUUCAGAUAAACUUGCCGCUUGCCCGGUGUUGGUGACAAGUCGCCCAUGGAAGGUCUCACAGAUUAGAUGGAAUGAUAGUCUAAGAAAACAGUACACUUUCAUUCAUGUGGAAGGUUUUAGCAAGGAGAAUGUGGAGGUUUACAUUCACAAGUACUUUGAAGACGAUGAGGCCACAGCAGAUCAGCUUAUCCGAUUUACCAAAGACAAUGUCAUCAUAUCGAAGAAUAUGGCCCCGUAUCCUCUCUACAUAGCUAUGCUCUGUCUUAUGUGGAGAGAACGUGAUAAAAUGUUUAAGUCAUUACAAACUUUUUCUCAAAUAUUUGAUGAAAUGUUUCAAUUCUUGAAGGUGCAUUAUGCUCAGAAAGAGAUCACAGAUUUAGAGAGCCCAUCUUUCCUAGCCUAUCUCUCUCACAUUCAGAAGCUCAUGAAACCAGUUGCCAAAGUUGCUUUCAUCGGGCUCCUAGAAAAUACCCUUACUUUCAAAGAAGGUGAUUUUGAACAGUGCUCAGACUCCAUGGAAACAGCUUGCAGACUAGGGGUGUUGUCUCAGGAGAAGAAAUUUUCAUUUACAUAUGAUAAAACCAGUAUGUUCCUGCAGUCUACUAUCUUCUUCCCACACAAACUUAUUCAGGAGUACAUGGCUGGGAUCCAUCUUGCUUCCCUGUAUGAAUUAGAUCACAAUGAAUUCAACAGGCUGAUUGAGCAAGUAGUGCUGCCUAGGAAGGAAGAGUUUAGGCAUCUCCUGUACUUCACUGUAUCACGGGACAAAACCAUUGCAAACCAUGUCAUGAAAUGCAUGGUACAGGCCCUACAGGGUAACACCCCAAACCCAAAGGAGAUGGAUUUCUUGGUUGAUGUAGCCUUUGAGAGUCAGGACCUAGAUACCGCAGCCUUGGUGUCGGGUGGAAUGUCAUCUCUGACAAUAAACCAAUCCAUGACAGCACACACCAUAGCAGGUUAUAUAUUCACUGGACUAUAUAAAGAAGUGAUCUAUCUUAGUGUUGAUCGUGGAAAAUUUGGACCAAUUAUAUCACAUGAUGUGGCUGAGAUUAUAUGCUCUGGGCCCUCUCUAGACCAUGUUGCACUACUACAAGCAGCCUUGCACAGUGACUUCUAUGCAGUUCUAGCUAAUGAAGGAAACAAGUCCAAGGUCCAAACUCUCACCCUUGAAGAUGUAAGGUGUCCAACAUCAACUUCAUCACAUCACCUAGCAGAAGCUUUGUGUUACAUGCCAAGCCUGACUGACCCGACACUAGGUGGAAAAGAUUUCCAGGGGGAGUUCUAUUCUACACUGGAUGCAAAGGCGUCAACCUUGCAGAUUCAGAAUGAACGCAUGGAGGGUCGGUGUUUGGACAACUUCGAUCCCAUGGCAUCCAGGAAUCUCGCCAGAUUUCUUUGCAUCCUUCCCUGUCUCACUGACCUCACGAUUAAGGAUUCACAUGAAACUCCUUCAUGGUUUCUCGAAGACUUCUACCGGGAGAUUGCUCUUCAGGGUCCUUCUUCAAUGAACCAUUUCUUUAACAAGAGGCUUCACUUGGAUGAAAGGUCAGAAGAGUUGAGGAAAAUGGAUGUUAGGCAACAACGUGAAUACAUCGGACAUCUCCUUCAAAGUAAAGUCCAUCAAGGGUCCGUGCAGCACUCAGGUCAGAAGGCAGGAAUCGUGCCAGAGUCCGUGCAGCACUCAGUUCAGAAGGCAGGAAUUGUGGCAGAUUCGGACCAAAAUUCAACCGAGACAUCAUCAAGAAAACCUGUUUCCGCAUCCCAAAGACCGUCAGCAUUCACAUCAGUCGAGAUUCCUCCUCAAGAUGGAUCAGCAGCAGCUGGUGAAGUUUCUAUGUCCAAUGCCAGAGUUCUGAGUUUCGACGAGCAACAUGAAGAUGAAGACAAAUACCAUUCGGAAGGAAUCUUUGACCAUACUGGAGGAGAGCUACAGAUCCCGUCAUACGGACUCACUCUUUCCAUUCCUCCCGGUGCACUACCAGAGGGUUCUAGUGAAACGAUUACUGUAAACGUUCUCACAGACAUCCCACCUGAAAUCACUCUGAAACACGACGAGACGCUCGUUACAUAUGUCUUCCAGUGUCUUCCGUCAGGAUUACAGUUUGUGUCAGGGAAACCUGUCAGAUUGAAUAUACCCCAUUGUGCCAACCUCAUUGAUCCGACAAAAGUACAGGUCGUACUGUACUCCUUGAAUCACGGAGGGGAAGCUGUCCGCAUUGAACAAACUUCAAGAACCUGUCAGGUUACAUAUAGCCAUGUGGAGAUAUCACUGGAGCACUUUACAAAAGUAUGUGCGGCCUUCACUAAAGAUUUGCACUCCUGGAAAUACAAACGAAUGUCCUUCAUGCCUUUUCUUCCAAAGAUUAUGCCAGAGAGCAGGAAAAUGCUAUUGGAGUUUCGUAUGGCUGACAAACCCCAUGGAAUCUCUUGGAGAGAAGUUCAUGACAUCAGAAAGAACGCAGAGUAUAGACCCGCUAAAGAUGAUGAUGAUGAGAUGAAUGUCGAAAAUGGAGAUAUGGAAGUCACUUGCCAACUGAAGGAUUAUGACAUACUUACAGAGAAUGUCAAUGCACGUGACAUUGAUAUUUGUAUAAAGAAUACUGUCUUCUUCGAAUUGGAUUUUCACGGGAAAGCAGAUGACCUGCUGGUGAAGCUGAAAGUGAUACAGUCUAUGCUCCUGAAGAAUAUAAAGUUCAGAACAUCUUUCUAUGCUUCUCGUGGAAUAAGCGAGGCAUCACCAGGAGAAACAAAUUCAGCAUCCCCGAGACUUUCGGAAUCAACAUUAGUCGACGUUCUUCCUCAAUGUUCAUCAGCAGCAGCCCGUGCAGAUUCUACCUUUAAAGCCAGACCAACCGAGGAAUCCAGGGAGCAAGAUUUUGACGACCUUCUCAGGACAGUAGCUAAGCAGAUUCAUAAGGAUAUUGACAUCGAUAUUCUGGGCAAAGAAUUGGGUUUUGAACCUGCGGAAACAAUGUGUUACAUAAAUACAAACAAAAGAUACCAUAUGGCAACAUACAUGGGAACACUUAGUAUGCUUCGGGAAUGGAGGAACAGGACUACAAGUUCCGAAGAACGUGACAAGUUGAAGAAAGUUCUGAUUGUCCUUAAACGCCAUCGUCUGGUAAACGAACAUCUGAACGACGAUAUAGCAAGACAAUCUUCUUCAGUAAACCAGAGCCGUCAAUCAAAAGUUAUAGACGUAUACGCAGCUUAUACGAGUCGUCAGACUUACAUCACGUAUUCUCGCAAUGAUUCCAACGAUGGUAGUCCAGAUGAACCCUCGACGAAGAGAGACGAUAACACCAACCGAAACACUGACUCUAAUGACGAGGAUGAAAGGCAGAGAGGGGACAAACAAACACAGAGACGUUCCAAAGAUGACAGUCGAGGUGGACAUUGGAGGAAGAGAAAGAAGACACAUCAAAACACUGACUCUAAUGACGAGGAUAAAAGAACGAGAGGGGACGAACAAAUAAAGAGACGUGGUUCCAAAGAUGACAGUCGAGGUGGACAUCGGAGGAAGAGAAAGAAGACACACCGAAACACUGACUCUAAUGACGAGGAUGAAAGAACGAGAGGGGACAAACAAAUAAAGAGACGUUCCAAAGAUGACAGUCGAGGUGGACAUCGGAGGAAGAGAAAGAAGACACAUCAAAACACUGACUCUAAUGACGAGGAUGAAAGAACGAGAGGGAACAAACAAACAAAGAGACAUGGUUCUAGAGAUGACAGUCGAGGUGGAUAUCGGAGGAAGAGAAAGGAGAAGACAAACCAAAACACUAACUCUGAUGACGAGGAUGAAAGAACGAGAGGGAACAAAAGAAGAAAGAGACGUGGUUUCAAAGAUGGCAGUCGAGGGGGACAUCGGAGGAAAAGAAAGAAUAUGACAAACUGACAGAUGCCAUCUCCUUGAUAGCUUUCCAAUUCAUACUUUGACAUGUGCCAUUUUGAUAUGUUAAAUCAUAGGUUGAGUUCUGGGAAAGGCCAACAAAAAGUUCUGAGUUUUCUUCAUUCUUCUUUUUGUUGAUGUGGAAGAAUACCACAAGAAAAAUAAACCCUGAAAAAUGACACAGUAAAUUGCCCCUAGUCAAAAUAUGACAAUACAUUUCUGAAAAUAUCUUGACCAAAUGUUUAUUUGUUUUUAAAAUAAAUAUCAUGAGGAUCCAAAACUUCACAAUUUACAGUAAUGAGCGACAUAACUUGUCCAUUCGCUUGCGGUCAUUUUCUUUGACAAUUCAAACGUAUGACAAGAACCCAACUGUAUCUGUAAGUGCUUGUUGUAUAUAGUUUAACACAUAUCAUUAUGUUACAGAAUGAGAAUGGUAUGAAAUCUUUGUGAUGUGUGAAAUACCUAGACAAGAUAUAGUGCAAUAAACGAGUCUGUCAACAUGCGUGUAUAAAUGUGAAAGCACAUUUCAAACAAGUGCCAUAUGAAUUUAUUAGUUUGCUACCCAAUUAUAGAAGCCGAAUGAAAUUUGCGGCAUAUUAAUGAACAUUUGUUGGCAACUUGACAAGAGCUAAUCUUAAUAAACAUUAUAUUGUGGACAAAUAUAAUGGUUGACUGAUGUUAUUUCUAAUCCGUUCUCUACUAGUUAGAACAAGUGAAGGCAAAGUUUUGUUUACAUUUCUCUGUAGAUUGUGAUAUUCAUUUUCAAUUAUGUUGUUAAUGUGAUGUUUUACCAGUUGAGCCUGUUUUCGCUCCUGUUCUAACGGGUCAUGUCGGUGCCAUCUUUGUAUUUGUUUUUGUUAUUAUUUUCAUUCAUUUUCAUUAAUUGAUCAUGUUUCGUGUAUAUUAUAUUUGAUUGCAUUCAUUCUAGUAUUAACGUUAACUGCUAUACAUGUAUAUCGGAAGCACCGGAUCAUUUUCAUAAGUUGAAUAUUAUGGCGUUGUCUUACUAUUGCAUAAUCAUAUUGUCUAUAUUCCUUUCAGUCGGCAUAAUUAUGAUGUAUUAUAAUAUGUUUGAAUUUUGUAUUUUCAUCUCGAUAUUUUUUUUUUAAGAUACAUGCUUAUUGCUAUAUUUUUUAAUCAGUCCGCUUCCAUUUGUGUAUUUUUGUAUAUUAUAUAUAUUGUUUACCAUCUCUGAUUGUCAUUUUGAUGUUCUGACAUUGCAAAUACUUAUCAAUUUCCAGAUACCAGUUCUAAUUUGAUGAUGGUCAAAAUAUGAUGCUUUUAAGGACACCAAUGUGAGUUGUUAUUGAGCCUCUAAAUGUAUUCGUUAUUAUACCUCCAUUCUAAAAGACAUCCAAAAAUAUUAUAAGUGUGUGAGUAUUUACAUGAUUGUACACAGCUAUCAAUACACAGUACGUGUAUGACCAUGCUUCAACUGUAUACACAAACAAUAAGUUCCCCGUCUAUAAAUACUCUAGUUAUUUAUCUUUUCCUUGUAGAGUGUUUCUCAUGGAAAGAAGAUAUACAUGUAAAUAACUUGACUAUAAAGCCUACUUUUUUGUCUCCCUUGAGUGGUCUUAAUACACAGGUUUCACCUUACACCCUUUUGAUAAUUGAAAAUUAUAUUUUAAUACGGAUAUUCCUAAUCAUAAUAUUCAUGAUUUGACAUUACGUGAUUAAUAGAUUCAUGUUGUUUUCGUAGUUACUUCUUGUAUAGUUUUAAUAGGCACCUUUAUUGGGAAAGACCUGUUUCUCGACCUCUACGUAUGUAGUGUUGAUGUUCGAUAAUCUAUAUAUACAGGAUGUAGAAUCGUCAUUUAUCUACAUUAGAAGAAAAUGUAAAAUAACAGUAACACAGAGGUAUCUAACUUUUACAGGAAGUCAUUUGUAGGAAAGCUUUAAUAUCAGUGCAAGAGCCAGGUGAAAUUUGAACAACAAUAGGAUUAACUACUUACCACAAAGUAUUUAAAAUCUAAGAUUAGGUGUGCAUAUAACGUGUUAUAAGGAUAAAUGUCUAAUGCAUAUGAGUUUCAUAUAAAAUCAUUCUGAUAUUGGAUUUGUAUGCAUAAUUCUUCACAUUAUGAUGAUAAAUGUCCAUUCUGUAUAAAUUUCGUAUGAUACCAUAUUGAGGUUGGAAUUUCGUGCAUAAGUCUGCACAUUGUAAUGUUGAAUGUUCAAUGCAUUAUAUUUCAAAUGAUAUGAUACUGAGAUUCGAUUUACGUGCAUAAAUCUGCACGUUGUUAUGGUGAAUGUUCAAUGCAUUAUAUUUCAUAUGAUAUCAUACUGAGAUUGGAUGUUCGUGUAUAAGUCUGCACAUUGUUAUGGUGAAUGUUCAAUGCAUUAUAUUUCAUAUGAUAUCAUACUGAGAUUAGAUGUUCGUGCAUAAGUCUGCACAUUGUUAUGGUGAAUGUUCAAUGCAUUAUAUUUCAUAUGAUAUCAUACUGAGAUUGGAAUUUCGUGCAUAAGUCUGCACAUUGUAAUGGUGAAUAUCUAAUGCAUAUAUAUGUCAUAUGAUAUCAUACUGAGAUUGGAUGUUCGUGUAUAAGUUUGUACAUUGUAAUGGUGAAUAUCCAAUGCAUAUAUAUUUCAUAUGAUAUCAUACUAAGAUUGGAUGUUCGUGUAUAAGUCUGCACAUUGUUAUGGUGAAUGUUCAAUGCAUUAUAUUUCAUAUGAUAUCAUACUGAGAUUGGAUGUUCGUGUAUAAGUCUGCACAUUGUUAUGGUGAAUGUUCAAUGCAUUAUAUUUCAUAUGAUAUCAUACUGAGAUUGGAUGUUCGUGCGUUAGUCUGCACAUUGUUAUGGUGAAUGUUCAAUGCAUAUAUAUGUCAUAUAAUAUUAUACUAACAUUGGAUUUUCGUACACAAGUCUGCACAUUGUUACGGUGAAUGUUCAAUGUACAUAUAUGUCAAAUGAUAUCAUACUGAGAUUGGAAUUUCGUGCACAAGUCUGCACAUUGUAAUGGUGAAUGUUCAAUACAUAUAUAUAUGUCAUAUGAUAUCAUACUGAGAUUAGAUGUUCGUGCAUAAGUCUGCACAUUGUAAUGGUGAAUGUUCAAUACAUAUAUAUAUGUCAUAUGAUAUCAUACUGAGAUUGGAUUUUCGUGUAUAAGUCUGCACAUUGUAAUGGUGAAUGUUCAAUGUACAUAUAUACAUCAAAUGAUAUCGUACUGAGAUUGGAUUUUCGUGCAUAAGUCUGUACAUUGUAAUGGUGAAUAUCUAAUGCAUAUAUAUAUGUCAUAUGAUAUCAUACUGAGAUUGGAUGUUCGUGUAUAAGUUUGUACAUUGUAAUGGUGAAUAUCUAAUGCAUAUAUAUUUCAUAUGAUAUCAUACUGAGAUUGGAUGUUCGUGUAUAAGUCUGCACAUUGUUAUGGUGAAUGUUCAAUGCAUUAUAUUUCAUAUGAUAUCAUACUGAGAUUGGAUGUUCGUGUUUAAGUCUGCACAUUGUUAUGGUUAAUGUUCAAUGUACAUAUAUUUCAAAUGAUAUCAUACUAAGAUUGGAAUUCCGUGCAUAAGUCUGCACAUUGUGAUGGUGAAUGUUCAAUACAUAUAUAUAUAUGUCAUAUGAUAUCAUACUGAGAUUGGAUUUUCGUGCAUAAGUCUGUACAUUGUAAUGGUGAAUAUCUAAUGCAUAUAUAUGUCAUAUGAUAUCAUACUGCGAUUGGAUGUUCGUGUAUAAGUUUGCACAUCAUAAUGGUGAAUGUUCAAUGUACAUAUAUUUUAAUUGAUAUCAUACUGAGAUUGGAUUUUCGUGCAUAAGUCUGCACAUUAUGAUGGUGAAUAUCCAAUGCAUAUGUAUCAUAUAUGAUACCAUACUGAGAUUGGAUGUUCGUGCAUAAGUCUGCACAUUGUAAUGGUGAAUGUCAAUGUCUACACUGUCGCUCAUAAAGUUGGAAUAUUUUUGUUUUACCCCAAUUUAUGGAAUUAUUUUUAAAAUAA